UUAAUCAUACACUCAUAAAAACAUACCUCAAAAAAAUGUGAAAGCUGUUUUUUUUUAAUUUUUAAUUAUGUCAAAAUUAUAUGAAACUGGUUUCCAGGCAUAUAGAGACCAUGAAACUGGUAUUAAGCAAACGAUAUUAGUUUUAGGAGGUGCAAUUAUAGUAGGACAUGGUAUAUGGUACUUAAAAGCUCAUUACUUCAAGAAAAAGACAAAAGCUUCAAAAGAUAUUGUUAUUUUACACCAAAUACCCCGAGCUAAAUAUAUACCUAAUUUAUCAUAUCAUUCCAUGAAAAUUGAAACAUUCUUAAGGAUGGCUAAUAUUUCAUAUGAAAACGAGCUCAGUUUUUUGAGAUCUCCGCGCGGAUACAUCCCUUGGGUCGAAUACAAAGGGAGCAUCAUGGGCGAUUCCCAGAUAGCGAUAGAUCACUUGUCCAGCGUUUUCGACGUUAACCUGAAUCUGCAGUUCAGUGACAGGGACAGGGCUCAAGCUUUGGCAUUCCGAAUUCUGACAGAAAAUCAUUUAUAUUGGGUUGUUAGCGAAUACCGCUGGAAGUUCAAAUACUGUAACCCGUUCGUUACCCUUCUCGAAUAUUCGAAGGGCGAUUGGUGCUUUUACUUGUUCAUGAAGUUAUACGGACGAUUGGUGCUAAAACCUCAGCACAAUAAGCGGAGCUAUCUGAGUGGCGUCGGCAAAUUCAACGAACCCCAGGUAUAUCAGAUUGGGCUGAAAGAUUUAAAAGCGCUUUCAUCUUUCUUGGGAGGAAAAACCUAUAUAAUGGGAGAACAGCCCAGCGAAGUGGAUUGUUGCGUUUUUUCGAUGUUAGCUCAAAUUCUGUAUUCCCGCGAUAAAAAUCCGUACGCGUUUCUGAUCGAAGGCGAGUUUCCUAACCUAUCAACCUAUUGCGCCAGAAUGAAGAAGCGUUAUUGGGAAGAUUGGGAUCAAUGCUGCACUUCCUCUACCGAAGAUUAAGAGAUUAAAAGAAAAAAAAUAA